AAACAAUAACAUGAAAAAAAGCGCACAACAGGAAAGAUGUGCCGCUUGCCCGAAGCAAUCGCUGUCCCUACUCAACUCGCGCAUGCGCGGUGAGGUUGUUUUUCACAAAUCUGUUCUUAAAGGGAGCUGGCAGGGUGCAGGCAGCUGUCUUUGUGAGGGGAUUGCGGUGCUGGGUCUUUCCUCUCCCCCUCUUCAUUAAUUCUGAUGAAGCGUUUGUAGGGGACGUGCUGAUCUUGUUAACGGGUUCUUUGUGUGACAGAGGCGUUGUGAAGGUUGCAUUUUGUAUGAGGCCUUGAUUUUUGUUUUCUUUUUCCUUACAGUAUAUUUUUAUACGCUUUGGUGUAAAAUAUGGUGCUGGGGAAGGUGAAGAGUUUCACAAUAAGUUUUGACUGUCUCAGUGACAGCAAUAUCCCUGUUUAUUCUAGCGGGGACACAGUCUCAGGAAAGGUCAGUUUAGAAGUUACUGGGGAAAUUAGAGUAAAAUCUCUUAAAAUUCAUGCAAGAGGGCAUGCAAAAGUACAUUGGACUGAAUCCAGAAAUGCUGGAUCCAAUACUGCCUAUACACAAAAUUAUGCUGAAGAAGUAGAGUAUUUUAACCAUAAGGAUGUUCUACUUGGGCAUGAAAGAGAUGGUGACAAUUCUGAAGAAGGCCUUCACACCAUUCAUUCAGGAAGGCAUGAAUAUGCAUUCAGCUUUGAGCUUCCACAGAUACCACUUGCUACCUCAUUCGAAGGCAGACAUGGCAGUGUGCGCUAUUGGGUGAAAGCUGAAUUGCAUAGGCCUUGGCUUCUACCAGUAAAAUUAAAGAAGGAAUUUACGGUCUUUGAACAUAUAGAUAUCAACACUCCUUCACUACUGUCACCCCAAGCAGGCACAAAAGAAAAGACUCUGUGUUGUUGGCUUUGUACCUCAGGCCCAAUAUCCUUAAGUGCCAAAAUUGAAAGGAAGGGCUACACCCCAGGUGAAUCAAUUCAGAUAUUUGCUGAGAUUGAGAAUUGCUCUUCUCGUAUGGUGGUGCCAAAGGCAACCAUUUACCAAACACAGGCAUUCUAUGCCAAAGGGAAAAUGAAGGAAGUCAAACAGCUCGUUGCCAACCUCCGUGGGGAAUCCUUGUCAUCUGGCAAAACAGAAACCUGGAAUGGCAAGCAGUUGAAAAUCCUUGAUUGUAGUAUAAUCCGUGUGGAGUAUUCAUUGAUGGUAUAUGUUGAUAUUCCAGGAGCCAUGGAUUUAUUCCUUAACUUACCACUGGUCAUUGGUACCAUUCCUCUACAUCCAUUUGGUAGCAGAACAUCAAGUGUGAGCAGCCAGGGUAGCAUGAAUUGGCUUGGUCUAAUACUGCCUGAAAGACCAGAAGCACCUCCUAGCUAUUCAGAAGUGGUCACAGAGGAAAACAGACAGUCCAGCCUUUUACCUGUAGCUGCUUUUGAUGAUUUUGAGAGAGCACUUCAAGGACCAUUAUUUGCAUACAUCCACAAGUUCCGUUUUCUGCCUCCGCCCCUGUAUUCUGAAAUUGAUCCAAGCCCAGCUCAGCCCACAGAUGAGAGACCACCUUGCCUCUCUUGUUGAAGGAAUCUAUAAAAAGCUGACUUGACAUGGGUUUUGAAUCACACCUGCUGUGUUUAAUAUCAAGGUAUUGGAGUGGAGGCUUCCUUUUAAAGGAAACAGCAUUGCUUUUGCCUGUAGAGUGAAUAAAUAAGAAAACAACCUAUGAUCAUGCUUUGACACCUAUAGCACAUCACAGGACUGCUCCACAUGCUUGAAAACCUGAGGUCCCCUCCUUUAGUGACACAUACUAGGAACAGCCUUACUAGCAUACAGUCAUGUGUUUCAAAACACUCAAGCCAUGUUGUAAGAGAGGAAUGGCUGCUUCUUAUGAUUCAAAAAUUUGCACAUGCUUAUUGCUUGUUAUGCAGUUCAGUGUCACUAUAGCUUUUUCUCAUAUAUAAUGGACUGUUGUUACCCCUCCUCCCCUCAAUUGUUUGUGAUCUGCACAAAGAACAAAAGAAAGCUUUGAUUAAAAAAAGGCGAUGAAGACUUACAAAUGCACUGACUUUUUUUAAUUUAAUGUAGCCUGAACUUAAUCUGCAUAUGCACAUGCGCAGAAUGAUCCUAGUAGGCUGGUUGUGUAUCGCCUUUUCAGCUUAGAUACUAUUGUGGAUUAAUUUACAAACAUCACAUGCCUUCAAGCCAGUCCUUCUUGCUGUAUGUUUUGCUGCCGACUGUAGUAGAUAAGCAAUGGAUAUGUGGGGAUGGGGAAAGAGAUAACUUAAGGAAACUAAUAAGAGAUUUUGUCAAGAUUGUAUACCCUCUUGAUUUUCUUUUUAAGUAUUUGUUGCAUUUCUGUUAUUAUUGCAAAGCAAUUUUUUGUUACAGACUGCCCAAAGGUCACUUAAUCUCAGGUGAAUUCAUCACUUGCGAAACUGUUAGAAGGCUAUUUGUUUGCACCGUUGAGUUAAUUCUUCUGUUUUGUGUUUUAGUUUUGUUCUUUGAGGGGGCUUUUGAAUAGGGACAUGCACAUAACUUACAAAAUUAAAGCAGCACCAGCAGCCUCCAGAGAAGUGUGAAAAGAACUUUAAAAGAGGAUAGUCAUAUGCUAUGCAGGGUUCAUAGGCAGAGAAAUAUCUCAACUAGUAGGGAUGAGAAGAUCAAUUUGUUUGGUUUGCAUUUUAUUUGAUUUGUUUUUUUUAAUUAUACAUAGUUACCUAAUCACCAAAAUUAUAUAUAAAAUGAGUCUCCAGUAGAAAGUAUAUUUCAGACUGCAAGAAAAGUUUGAACUAUGACAACUAUGUAACAGCUCAGUUUAUGCACUUUGUAUUAUCUUAGGAUUUAUGAUGUUGUAUCAUAGAACACCAGGUUGGAAGGGACCUCAAGGAUAAUCUGGUUCAACCUUGCUUGGAAAAAGCCUGGUCUAGACAAGACAGCCUAGCACCCUGUCCAAACAAAACUUAAAAGUAUUCAACGUUGGGGAAUCCACCACUUCUCUGGGAAGAUUAUUCCAAUGGCUGAUUGUUCUCAUUGUGAAAAAUUUUCCUCUUGUGUCCAAUUCAAAUCUCCCCAGGAAUAACUUGUGCCCAUUACCCUUCAUCUUUUCCAUGUGACUCCUUAUAAAAAGGGAGUCUCCAUCUGCUUUGUAGCCACCCUUUAAAUACUGGAACAUGGUGAUAAGAUCUCCCCUAAGCCUUCUUUUUUCAAGGCUGAACAAACCCAGUUUUCUUGGCCUUUCCUUGUAUGUCAGUCUUCCCCAUCUUUUGAUCAUCUUUGUGGCCCUUCUCUGGCCCCUCUCCAGUCUGUCCACAGCUCUUUUGCAGAGUGGUGACCAAAGCUGAACACAGUAUUCCAGGUGUGGCCUAACAAGAGCUGAGUAGAAUGGGUUGACUUCUUUAUCUCUGUUGGUGAUGCCCUUGUUGAUGCAAUCCUGCAUCCUGUUGGCUUACUUUGCCCCAGCAGCACACUGUUCACUCAUAUUGAGCUUCUUGUCCACCAGGACAGGUCCCUUUCCACAGAGCUGCUCCACAGUAGAUGCCCUUCUGGAUUAUGUUUUCCCAGGUGUGCAAGACCUUACGCUUGUCCUUCUUGAACUUCAUAAAGUUCUUGUUAGCCCACUCUUCCAGCCUAUCCAGGUCUUCCUGCAGGGUGACUCUCCAUUCUGAAGUGUCCACUUCACCACUCACUUUGGUAUUAUCAGUAAACUUAUCAGGGUACACUCAAUCCCAUCAUCCAGAUCAAUUAUGAAGAUAUUAAACAGAGUUGGGUCCAUGUCCUGGUUUGAGCUAGGACAGAGUUAAUUCCCAUGAGGAACCAGGAAGGGGUACAGCCUGAAUGGCUGGCCCAGGCUGGCCAGCAGGUAUUCCAUACCAUCCUGGUGUCAUGCCCAGUGUAUGGGUGGGGGCUAGCCGGAAGAAGCUCUCUUCUGGAGUCACUUGGGUCGGGUCCUGGGUGGUGAGCAACUGUCACCAGUUUUCUUUGUGGUAUCCCCUUGUCUUUGUUAUAGUUGUUCCUCUUCAAUUUUCCCCUAGUAAAUUGUUCUUGUUUCAACUUGCACAGGCUCUUUUACUUUUUUUUUUUUUUUUUUUUCCUGAUCCUCUCCACACUCCGCUGGGAGGGGGAAGAGUUGCGUUUUCUUUUUCCCUUGGCUUCGGUUGGGCAAAACCACAACAGUCCAAUAUCAGUCCCUGGGGGAUAGCAAUUGUGACAGAUUGCCAGUUUGAAAAGGAGCUACUUACCACCACCCUCUGGGUGUGGCCUGUCAGCCAGUUCCCUUACCCACUGUACAAACCACUUGUCUAGACCAUAAUGCAUCAGUUUUUUGAAGAGGAGACUGUGGGAAACCAUAUUGCCAGGAGCCAAGGACUUAGAGAGGAAAGUAGGAAAGUUUGUUCUACUACCUACAAGAAACGGAACAGAACAAAAAGCAAAAAGAGAGUAGGAUGAUUGAGAAAAUUACAACCAGCACUUUCAUAGAAUGGUAGGGGUUAGAAGGGACCUUUAGAGAUCAUCUAGUCCAACGCCCCUGCAAAAGCAGGCUCACCUAGAUCAGGUCACAUAGGAACAUGUCCAGGCAGGUCUUGAAAACCUCCAAGGAAGGAGACUCCACAACCCCUCUGGGCAGCCUGUUCCGCUGCUCCAUCACCCUCACAGUGAAAUAGUUUUUUCUUAUGUUUAUGUGGAACUUCCUGUGUUCCAGCUUCAUCCCAUUACCCCUUGUCCUGUUACUAGCUACUAUAGAAAAAAGGGAUGUCCCAACCUCCUGAAAUCCACCCUUUAGAUAUUUAUAAAUGUUAAUAAGAUCUCCCCUCAAUCUCCUCUUCUCCAGACUAAACAGCCCCAGUUCCGCAGCCUUUCCUUGUAUGAAAGAUGUUCCAGUCCCCUGAUCAUCUUGGUAGCCCUGCGCUGGACUCUCU